UCAGAGGAAUUGUCCUGGUCUCUUGUCAUUCCCCAGCUCUGGAAGGAGCAGAUGGAUGUGGGCUCACAUGUGACAUGGAUACUGUAUCCAGCUUCUCCCCAGGACCCCUGGACUCUGUCUGUCCCCACUGAGGGGAAACUUUACCAGGAAACCGUGUCCCUUUAAUGAGGAGCCCGGGAAGGAAGGAGCUGUCUGUCCGAGGAUGGGGGACGGUCGGGGGUCUGGUGCCAGCUGUCCCCCUGCGGUGGCCGAUCAGAUCGAGGUGUCAGAGUCGGUGGAUUGCCUGCCCAUGGCUGUGGAAGAUCAUUGGAGAGCUCUGUUUGAUCAGUUUGAUGCUGAGAAGAGCGGCUAUAUCAGUACCCGGCAAUUUUGGACCCUCCUGCAGAGACAUGGCUCCGAGCUGGAUCCACACAAACUGGAUGUGAUGCUUGCCCUGGCAGACACCAACGCAGACGGCAAGAUCUGUUACCAGGACUUUGUGAAUCUGAUGAGCAACAAGAGAUCAAACAGUUUUCGCCGUGCCAUCCUUCAGGGGAACAGGCACUUGUGCAAUAAAGCUCUGCUGGAAGAGCCAGGACUGAGCCUUACACAGCGGUUCAUUCGGCACGUGGCAUACGAGACACUGCCCAGGGAGAUUGAUCGGAAGUGGUUCUACGAUAAUUACACGGGAUGCCCCCCUCCGUGGUUCAUGAUUGCUGUCACUAUUUUGGAAGUUGGCUUUUUCAUUUACUAUGGACUGGUCUUGGAUCGCUUCGUGCUUCAGGUCACUCACCCUUCAUAUCUAAAGAAAAACCCUCUGAUUUACCACCCACAGCUCAGAGCCCAGGCCUGGAGAUACCUCAGCUACAUGUUCAUGCAUGCAGGGAUAGAACAUUUGGGGGUAAACGUGGCCCUACAGCUGCUUGUUGGAGUCCCUCUGGAGAUGGUACAUGGUGCCCUGAGGAUCGGAUUUCUCUACAUUGCAGGAGUGCUGGCAGGGUCUCUGGCGGUUUCUGUAGCAGAUAUGACCGCUCCAGUGGUGGGAUCUUCAGGUGGCGUCUACGCUCUUGUUUCUGCCCACCUUGCCAAUAUCGUCAUGAACUGGUCAGGAAUGCAGUGUCAGUUCAAGUUACUGCGGAUGGCGUUUGCUCUGAUAUGUAUGAGCUUGGAGUUUGGAAGAGCUGUGUGGCUGAGAUUCUACCCUUCCACAUACCCGCCCUGUCCUCACCCAAGUUUUGUGGCUCACUUGGGUGGAGUCCUGGUUGGAAUAACUUUGGGGGUUGUGAUUCUUCGAAAUUUCGAGCAGAGACUACAAGACCAGUCACUCUGGUGGAUAUUUCUUUCGAUUUAUGUUUUAUUUAUGGCUUUUGCCAUCCUGUGGAACAUUUUUGCUUUCAAUCUCCUGGCUUUGAGAUUAUCGCCUCCUCCUUAGAUGCCAGAUAUUUCCCGCUGCAAAACGUUGGAGGUUUAAUUGGCAUUAUCCAAUCCCCACGCUAGGU